AUGACCACCCACAUCACCACAAGCAGAAAAAUGUACGACUCGUACUACCACUUCUUCCCCUUCUAUAUGCUUACAAGCAGAGAGCAAAUGAUGUUGCACCUAUUUAUCCUUUCGUUCUUUUCGUUUGUCGGCUGGGGCAUCUACUCGUGUUUGCCUGGCUACGUGCCAUUUGUGAUUUCUAGAGGAAAAUACUACUUGACAGGCUCCCAGGAGGCGCUCGGCAACUUUUUCGCACUUUGUAGUAACAUGUAUCGAAACAGCCGAGUUUCGAAGUUCAAGCCGCCACGGCGGUUGGAUGACGGUGGAGGCGUCUCUGGUUCGCUGGCAGAGUCCUCUGGGAGUUUAUCUAGCAAGAUGGGUGCUGCUGGUUCGGCUACGGCGAAGCUUGCGAAAGGUAAACAAGCUGGGGACGCCAGACAGAAGCCUGGAUUAGCGGGAGAACGGGAUGGAUUCGUGUCAGAGAGGGCUAAGGGGAGUCAGCAGCAUUAUGUUGAUGUAUCUGAGAGCCCAGAUAAUGACGCUGGCUCUGGAAAGAGCCAGGACGCGUCUGGUGUUGAUCGUGAUUCGCUCCCAGGUGGUGACCCUGAGCACCAGAACUCCCAGAACUCCACUGAGCCUUUUCAGAACGGCUCCAAGGGGCUGAAUUCACGUUCUGCUUCUGUUCAGAGCAAAUCCAAGGCACCCUUAGCCUCUACAGCACCCAGCCAGGGCCUACGACGCUCGUCCCAGGACCCUUCUCAGAAACCAGGCCAAAGGGCAGGCCUCAAAAGGCUUAAACUAGAUAUAAACAGACCAGCGAGUGCUGUUGCGGCCUCCCAGUCUGGUUCUCGGCGUUUGUCUGUCCAAUGGAGAAAGAGAUCCACUAAGAAGAACAAGUCCUGGGAAGGAGACGGGUUUGUCUAUGUCCUGGAUUCAGAUAUUGUUCUUAAAGCUGAUACUAAGGGUAAUGGGACGCUACGAAUCUUGGGAAGAUCUUCAAAUACCAAUACUUCGGGAGUCUUGGUCUUGGGGCAGUAUGAGGCUGAAGUAGAUGAUGAAGGUGAUCUGAAACCAGUUAUGCCCUCUGAGCCUCGUCCUGAACCGGUCGUCGCUGCUCCUACCGCUUUCAAAUCUCCAUAUGUUGCAAAGGGUCCAAGACCUGUUUCGAGCGAGGCAUUCAUCUUAAACGAAGAAGAAGGUUCCAAAGUUGUCGUUGACCCAUCUCUCACUCGCUUUCUUAGACCCCAUCAAAGAGAAGGCGUUCAGUUUAUCUAUGACGGUCUUCUUGGUCGCCGUGUAGACGGCCAGCGGGGUGUUCUUCUAGCUGACGAGAUGGGUCUAGGAAAGACCCUCAUGACCAUCACUGUUAUCUGGAUGUUGCUUAAACAAAGUGUAUCGCCUGAUAAGAAUCUGGAUGCACUGAAAGUUUUGGUAUGCUGUCCAGUGUCGCUUAUUGAUAAUUGGAGAAAAGAGUUUGCCAAAUGGCUAGAUGUCAACCGUAUUGGCGUUCUUGCACUCAACGGAAAGAACCAGUCGCCAGCUAAGGAUAAGCAAGAUAUCACAGGCUUUGCUAGAACGAACGUAUACCAGGUUCUCAUUAUGGGGUACGAAAAGCUGUUGCUGUGUGCUCUGGAGCUUUCGACUGUUGACUUUGAUUUGAUAGUUUGCGAUGAAGGCCACCGUUUAAAGAACAACAGCAGCAAGGUGAUCAAAUUGCUAGAUGGACUCGGCGUUCAAAUGAGGUUGGUGCUUACAGGUACGCCUAUCCAGAAUGACUUGAAUGAGUUUUACACAAUCGCUAACUUUAUCAACCCCGGCAUCCUCGGUUCCCUGAGUGACUUCCAGAAACGUUUCGGUAAACCGAUUCUUCGUGCUCGUGAUGUUAAUUGUCGAAGCAGAGACAUGAUAAAGGAGGGCAGAAAAAUAUCCAAUGAACUUAUUGAGAUAACAAAGACGUUCACUCUUCGGAGAACACAAAGUGUGAUCAGCACUUUCUUAACAAAGAAGACAGACGUCUUGCUUUUCUGCCCGCCUACAAAACUACAGAAAUCAUUGUUUAAGCUAGUGCUUGGGUCUUCCAACUUUAAUGCCCUCAUGAACUCUGAUCCUCGCGAUGUGCUAGCACUUAUAAUGGUCUACAGAAAGAUCUGUAAUUCUCCAUCUUUGCUUGCAAAAGAUACAUUCUUUAACACGCUUUUAGGCGCAGAUGCAAGGAAAGAACUUGACCCUUCGUCGCUUACCACGCGAACUACUGGCAGCAAGGUCAAUGUUCUUGUACCUCUUUUGCUUGAGUUCCAAAAACGUGAGGAAAAGACUGUCCUUGUCUCGAACUUCACCCAAACUUUAGAUUUUCUUGCUAAUGUUUUGCUGAAACUUAAUAUCCAGUUUGUUCGACUUGACGGCUCCAGUGCAAGCAAUAUGAGAGACAAGUUGGUUGUCGAUUUCCACAAGUCACCAGGAUUUACAGUCUUUCUUCUUCUGGCCAAAGCAGGUGGAGUGGGCUUAAACCUUGUCGGUGCUUCCAGGCUAGUCCUUUUUGACAAUGAUUGGAAUCCGUCGGUAGAUCUUCAAGCGAUGGCCAGAAUCCAUAGAGAUGGGCAGAAGAAGCCUGUUUACAUCUACAGAUUAUUCACCACAGGUUGUAUCGACGAAAAGAUCUUCCAACGACAACUCAUGAAGGGAACCCUCAGUGAUAUGUUUCUAGACGACAAGUCUGAAUCAUCACUGAACAUCUUCGACUUUGAAGAUCUAAGAGACCUCUUCAAUGUUGCUGAUACCAAUUGCAAUACUCACGAUUUGAUUGAUUGUCCAUGUAUGGGCGUUGGCGAGAGCCUUGAGUCAUCACAAAAGCAAAACACCCAAGAAACUGAAACUGAUGAAGAUGAGUUACCGUCUCUGGGAUGGAUGAGUGCUCUGGACCUCCACAACAUGGCUCCAGACGAAAGCGCAAAGAAAAACUCUAUCAGAUUGGCAUUGUCUCAUUAUAAGCACUUUGAUCCACAAGAGUGUUCCUCAGAUGCUGAUGUCGAGGACGAGGUCGUGAACAGGUUACUACAAAAGCUUAAGCGUGAGAAGCUAUUAACUUACGUCUUUACUCACGUCACCCAAGGUUACUUAUAG